AUGUACCACAUCACCGACGACGAUAUCCAAAACCUUCCCGUCCCCGAGGGGACCGGUAUCCUCAACACUAGCGAGCUCAAGUCGUUGGACGAAUUCUUCAACAGCGCCAACAACGGUAGCCUGCCGCCCACUCUGACCGAGGAGCUAGGCGACGGCAUCUUCACACCCGAAUGGCUCUGCCCCCAGCUGGUGGGCCACAAUGUAUCGUACGGCACCAUGACGAUGGCUCAGGAGGAGUUUGUGCAUAAUGCCUUCCCGGGCCUGCUUUCCCCGCGUCGUGGCGACGACGACACUGAGGACGACGUUGUGGCCGUGAAGAACAAGAUGGAGAGUUUCAAUACCGCCAGCAGCAGCGCUGGCCCCGAUGUCAACAGUCUGCUCAACACUCAGACUCCUCAGUCCAUCAACGACCAGGUAGCUCCCGGCCUCCCCCUCCGCAUGCGGACCCUACCAACUCCAGACGUCCACAACAACAACAACAACAAUAAUAAUAAUAAUAAUAAUAAUAAUAAUAACAACCAUAACCAAUUGAUCACGGCCAGUAUGCUCACGCUACCUGUCCAGCCUACUGCCACCGCUCAUGCGGCGGCUACGUUUGCCUCCCAGCAGCCACAAGCUCAAGCUCAAGCUCAAGCUCAAGCUCGAGUCCACGAUCUCCUCGUCGGUCAAGCCUCUGCCGAUGUGCUUGCUGCUGCCACGGCUCUCUCGCGCACCAGCGCCGGUCAGCUUGGCGGUGGCAUGACCAUGUCCUUCGCAGUCCCGACGACUACCUAUGCGACCCAGCCCACGAUUUCUGCGACGGCAUCCCAGCAGCUCGCGCCGGCCCCGACGAACCUAAUGGGCAUGAGCUCCCGCAACCUGAACAACAAAGCCUAUGCUGGUUCCUCGGCCAACCAGGUGUCCUUCAACAUGACCACCAUGCAACCAGAGGUACGCUUCGGUUCUGACCCCAGUUUCAAUCAGUCCAAUUUUGUACCGCGUUCCGAACGUGAGACCGCCGAGGCCAUUUCCGCGCAGCAAAUGGCUACUCUUUCGUGUCUUGAGCGCAACCCGAGUGCUGCCCCCACUCGGGCGCCUAGUCCGGUCUCGUGGGACGCACAGUCUCCCCCGAUGCGCAAUCCCAUCAAGCUGGUGGUGAACCGUUCUCCGACUGGUGUAUACCUGCCCCCCAACAACAACAGCAGCAGCAGCAGCAGCAACAACAACAACAACAACAACGCUUCCGCCGUGGGACAGGACGACUACGACACGGCUGAUCUCCUUCGGCCCUUCAAGCGACGGAGGAGUACUCGUACCGGUGAUGUCAUGCUCAUCGAUCAUCGCAGCCUCGGCAUGCAAAUGGGUCUCAAUGGCAAUGUGUCGGGCAUCAACGGAAGCAGCAGCCUGAUCAAUGGGGUUCAGCCCAUGCAGAUGCCCGGCACCAAUGGCAUCCAUAAGCCACCAUCAGAUCAGGGUAGCCCCGAGACCAAUGGUGCCAUCCAAACAUCGGCUGCCGCCGCCAGCUUUGCGAUCCCGCACCAGCCCGCGAGUAACGCCACCAGCUCGAACGCGUCCUCGCCUCAGAACAACACUACUCCGGCUCCUACAACCAUCCCUUCUACCGGAACCAAACGUCGUAGAAAGUCUGCUGCGCCUACCAACGGUACCUCAUCAACUACCAACAACAGCACUAACAAUACUCCCAGCCACAAUAACAAUAACAACAACAAGACCACGACGCAUAAGCCCCCCCGAGAGAACCUAACCGAGGAGCAAAAGCGCGAGAAUCACAUCCGCUCCGAGCAGAAGCGCCGUAACGUUAUUCGCGAAGGCUUCGAAUCGCUUCAAGCCAUCGUGCCCGCCCUGCGCGGAGGGGGUUACUCCAAGGCGGCUAUGCUCACCAUGACUGCGGACUACCUACAUCAUUUGCUGGACGGGAACGCGUAUUUGAAGGGGGUCCUCGAGCAAAAUGGGUGGGAGGUGCCAGUCGUUAAGGCGUUUCCUGGCACCCCGGGGUUUGGAAGUGAUGGGGAGCGGUUGCCGUUACCUCAGCCGCAGGGGAAUGGGAACCCCGUUGAGGCGAGAUAA